AUGUACGUUGGGACUGGCAGCUGGAGGGUGGCGGAGGGGGGAGGAAACCCGGCUCGCUCCGGCCCGAGCGGGUCCGUCGGAUUCGUCAAGGUCGUUUUUAAUGAGCUCGUUUGCAAACUCAGUCGGGCAGCGGAGGCCGAGGCGGGAGGACGGGAGGAGGAGGAGGAGAGGGUGCUGGUGUCGGAGCACAGCUGGAGACCCUGCCCCACUGCCCGGAGAAGGGUCCGAGGGUGCUUGGAGUGGGUGAGGCGGCAGCUGUUCCGCGUCGGGGAGGAUUGGUACUUCCUCUUCAUCCUGGGGGUGCUCAUGGCCACCAUCAGCUUCACCAUGGACAUCAUCACCACCAGGCUCCACGCGGCCCACACGUGGCUGUACCGAGAGAUCGGGGACAUCGGGGUGCUCAAGUACCUCUCGUGGACCCUGUUCCCCACGGCAAUGGCCGCCUUCUCCACCGGCUUCUCCCAGAGCAUCACCCCGCAUGCUGGAGGCUCCGGCAUCCCGGAGCUGAAGACCAUCCUGAUGGGCGUGGUGCUGGAGGACUACCUGGCCAUCCAGAACUUCGGAGCCAAGGUGGUGGGGCUGACCUGCACCCUGACGUGCGGCAGCACCGUUUUCCUUGGGAAAGUGGGUCCCUAUGUCCACCUCUCCGCCAUGGCCGCAGCCUAUCUGGGGAAGAUGAGGACCACGGUCACGAGGGAGUAUGAGAACAAGUUCAAGCAGCACGAGAUGCUGGUGGCAGCUCAAGCUGUCGGGGUGGCCACAGUCUUCGGGGCACCCAUCAGUGGGGUGCUUUUCAGCAUCGAGGUGAUGUCCCCCCACUUCGCCGUGCGGGAUUACUGGCGCGGCUUCUUUGCUGCCACCUGCGGCGCCUUCAUGUUUCGGCUCCUGGCCGUGUUCAACAGCGAGCAAGAAACCAUCGCCGCUGUUUUUAAAAGUGACCUCAAGAUUGAUUUUCCCUUCGACCUCCUGGAGACCUUCUUUUUUCUAAUUCUGGGGACCAUCUGUGGGAUCGUGGCCUGUGCUUAUCUCUUCUGCCAGCGCUGGAUGAUGGUGGCUGUCAAGAGGAACUGGUUGACGGCCAAGCUCUUGGCCACCGACAAACCCGUGUACACAGUGCUGGCGGUGCUGCUCCUCGCCUCCAUCACCUUCCCGCCCGGGCUGGGGCAGUUCAUGGCCUCCAGGCUCACCAUGAAGGAACAUCUCAUCUCCCUCUUUGACAACCGCACGUGGGGCUCACUGGCUGCCAACGCCUCAGGGGUGGCCAAGCCUGGGGGGCUCUGGCAGGAGUGGGACCAUCCCUCUGCCACCAUCUAUGGCACCUUGACCUUCUUCCUGCUCAUGAAGUUCUGGAUGUUGAUCCUGGCCACCACCCUGCCCCUGCCAGCCGGGUACUUCAUGCCCAUCUUCAUCUAUGGAGCAGCCAUCGGGCGCCUGAUGGGGGAGGUGGUGGCCCUGCUCUUCCCACAGGGGCUCCAUCCAGAUGGACCCCCACGGCCCAUUCUUCCUGCUGGCUAUGCCCUGGCAGGCGCAGCCGCGUUUGCGGGCUCGGUGACCCACGCGGUGUCCACGGCCCUGCUGGUGUGCGAGGCCACCGGGCACCUGGGCCACCUCCUGCCCACCGUGCUGGCCGUGCUGGUGGCCAACGCCAUCAGCCAGAAGAACCAACCGUCCUUCUACGACGCCGGCAUCAUCGUCAAGAAGCUGCCCUACCUGCCCCCCAUCCGCAGCCGGCACAUCGCCUCCUACCGAGUGGUGGUGGAGGAGUUCAUGGAGCACCAGGUGGUGGCCUUGGCCAAGGGGGACGGUUUCCAGGAGGUGCUGGUGGCCUUGGACGCCUCUGCCGAUGCCGAGUACCCCGUGGUGGAGAGCACAGGGUCCCCCACUCUGGUGGGCACCGUCAGCAGGUCCCAGCUGGUCACCUUCCUCCAGAGCCACGAGCACCCUCAGGCCCCCCAAGGGGAGAAGCUGGCCACCAUGGGGACACUUGGGGACGACUGCACCAUCGAGCCCAUCAUGCUCCAGUUCUCCCCGUGGACCUCCCUGCACCAGGCCUAUCACCUCUUCCAGCUGCUGAAGCUGCAGCGAGUCUUCGUCACCCGCUCCGGGGAGCUGGUGGGAGCUGUGAGCAGGGCAGAGCUGCGGAGAGCCAUUGAGGACCUCGCCAACCCCAAGUGAUGACGCUUUGGGACCACAGGGGACCCUCCCCACUGACAUCCCCCAGGAAAAGAGGGGGAGUCCUGACCCCCCAGCUGGUGUGGGGGGUCUGGGCUGGGGCGCCAGUUCUCCUGCAGAGCGUGUUGUGCAUUAAACACAUCGACCCAUCAGUGCUUCCUCCCCACCACCUCCUUUUUCUCCAGCCCCGCCGGUUUC